CUUUCAUAAACUUCUUUGCUGCAAAGUACUACCGAUAUGAUAGGCGCAGCAUAUCUGAGCGUGUGGAUGCUUGGAAGAAAGUGGAGCUGGAGAUGGAGCAAGCAUCCGCAGCCGAAUUGAAGCUACGGGAGGAAACGGCGGGGGAGGAGGGGGCUUCGACUGAAAUGCUCCCGCCAGGAGUCGCGCCUAAGAUCGAGAAGUAUGAGGACAAGCCGCCCCACAGCACGAGCCGCGAGCUCCCAAGCAUCUGCUCAGAGUGUUCUGAGCCAAGCUCGGGGAGUGACAAGGGGCUCAGGUCUAGUUCUCACGGGCAUGCGUGCAAGUUGGAGGACAAGAGGGCGCUGCAGCAGAGGGUGCACGAGUCUGUGGAAAACAAGAAGUCAAAGAUGGAGGAGGCACAGCAGCAGCUGGCGCAGGAGCAGACGCAGCGCCAGCAGCUGCAGAAGGAGAUGGCAGCGCUGAAGCAGGUUAUAAGGGCUACCGAGGAGGUUGCCAAGCUGAAGGCCGCCGAGCUUGCCACGGCACUCAAGAAGCACCAGGACUACAUUGGCCAGCUCCUGAGCGAGCGCAGCCAAAUCGGCAAGAAGCUCCAGGAGGUGAAGGCGGACCUCAUCACGUUCCUGCAGAACGACCGCGCGCAACAUGACAGGGCGCGCGAACAGGUGCUCGAGUUGGACAACGAGCUCGUGAAGAUGACCGAGAGCUUGCAGGCCAAGGAGAGGGAGCUCGCCGCCGCCAAAGCGGCCGCCGCCGCCGCUGUGCAGGCAGUGCAGUCCGCGUCCGCCACUGCGAUCACCGUGGCCGGCUCGCCCAUGCUCCGCACCGACACGCUCAACGUUGCGGCGAUCACCAUCCAGCGCUUCGUGCGCGGCAUGCAGGCCCGCCGGCGCUUCGAAGCCGCGCGUGCGGCUGUCCUUACCAUCCAGUGCGCGGCGCGCGCCUGGGCCGCCCGCAAGCUCACCAUGCAGCUGCGCCGUGAGAAGGCAGCGCUCACCAUCCAGAUCGCGAAGCUGCUGCAGGACAAGAAGGCGCUGGAGCAGAAGGUGCACGAGCUGCAGUCCAUGCUGGAGACGGUGCAGGACGCCGCCAAGCUGAAGGCCACCGAGCUUGCCACGGCGCUCAAGAAACACCAAGACUACAUUGGGCAGCUCAUGAGCGAGCGCAGCCGAAUCGACAAGAAGUUCCAGGAGAUGAAGGCUGACCUCAUCACGCGCCUGCAGAACGCCUGCGCACAACGCGACGAGGCACGCGGACGGGUGCUCGAGUUGGACAACGAGUACGUGAAGAUGACCGAGAGCUUGCAGGCCAAGGAGAGGGAGCUUGCCGCCGCCAACGCGGCCGCCAGCGCCGCCGCCGCUGUGCAGGCAGUGCAGUCCGCGUCCGCCGGUGCGAUCACCGUGGCUGGCUCGCCCAUGCCCGCGACGACACCCGUGGCUGCUAGCACCGCUGCCAACACUAUGCACAGCAUGUUCCAGAAGCUGCAGACAUCAGCGCCAGGGUACGCGCGCAACAUCGCGGAAAACAUCAGCACGCUUUUCACCAAGGAGGGAGCGCCACUGCGAACGCCUCCGCGUGCUGGUGUGCUUCACGGCGACGACGACAUGCGGACACCGAGCGUCAGCGGCGCGCGCGCUCCGGGCACCCGCGCCGCGACCAUGCAGGCGGACGAGCGCAAGGAGGCGGGGGUGCUGAAGCACAAGGUGACGGCCACCGAGGACGCCGCCAAGCUGAAGGCCACCGAGCUUGCGACGGCGCUCAAGAAGCACCAGGACUACAUUGACCAGCUCAUGCGCGAGUGCAACAAGCGGAUGGCGGCUAACAUGACCACCUGGAAAUCGCAGGGCGCUGAUGAGCCGCACAGACGGAUCUUCUCCUUGUUGACGGAAAGCUGUCAUAUGACGCGGCGAUUGUUGGAGGUUAAGAUGCUGCUGGGGGCCGGCAGCGGCGUCAAGCUUGAUGAGGCGAAGGAGGAGCUGGAUGCGCAGGCUGCGAAGAGGGAGGUCCCCUCCGACAGCACGGCCGCCAGCGCCGCCGCUGGCUCAUCCAUGCCCGCGGCCUCAUCUGUGGCAGGUAGUACUACAGCAGCUACCACCGCGAACGGGCGACCAGACGUGUCCGCGCCGGUGACCCCGCCUAACGUUACAAAAAGCCGCAGCACGCUGUUCACCAAGGACGGUUCACCGCUUGGUACAGCAUCACUUGAUGAGGUGCAUCUGCGUAACAAGAUACGGCGGUCAUUAAGUUUCAGCGGCGUGCACGCUCCGGGCACAGGCCCUGAGAGCGAGGCCGACCGCCGCAUGCGCGAGGCGCAGCUCAAGCAGGUACAGAUCCUGGCGGAGAAGCGCAAGGUGGAGGAGGACAAGCUUCUUGCAGCGCUCGCGGCGCCGCUGCCCACAGCUGUGGCCGCCAGCGGACAGGACGCGGCUACAGGGCCAAUUGGCAUGGGCUUCCAUAGGGGCCGGCCGGUGGCGGCGAUUGUCAUCUUCAGGUACUGCCUGCACGCACGCGCCUUCCAAGCGGACCGCACGGCGAUCUUCGACCGCAUCGUCUCGGUCAUUGGGCAACAGGUGGAGUGCGGGCAAGAGGACAACAAUUGCCUGUCGUACUGGCUCUCCAACACCGUCACCCUCUUGCACAUGCUCAACAAACACACCAAGCCCGCCUCUGGGUACGUCAACAAGGCGCGCGUAGGCGUCGCCGGGGGAGCAGUUGGGGCCACUCGGUCGGUGCUUGGAGCCAUGUUCGGAAGCCGCAGCGGCGCCUCGCCGGGCGGGUUGGCGCACGCGGAGGCGUCCAUACACAGCGAUGAUGAUGGUGGCUUCAAGCAGGUGGAGGCCAAGUACCCUGCCCUGCUGUUCAAGCAGCAGCUCGACGCCAUCGUGCAGAAGAUCUUCCCGAUGAUCCGCGACAACGUGCGGAAGGAGAUCUCACCCAUGCUCAGCAACUGCAUCUACGCGCCCAAGACGUCGGGCCGCACCGUAGCCCGGCCCAUGGGUGCGGGCCCUGCUUCCGGCGACAAGGGCGCAGGCCAGCAAGCCGCCUCGCACAAGUCCUGGAUGGACCUCCUGCACGUAUUCGAUACGCUGCUUGCGGUGUUCAAGGCAAACGUGGUGCCCAAGGUCCUGGUGCAGGCGCUGUUCAAGCAGCUCUUCCGCUUCAUCAACGUGCAACUGUUUAACCAGCUGCUACUGCGCCGAGAGCGCUGCUCCUUCAGCAAUGGCGAGUACGUCAAGACGGGACUGGAGCAGGUGGCUCACUGGAUAAACAGGGCAGGAGCGGACUACAUCGCUGGCUCAUGGGAGGAGCUCAAGUACCUGCGACAGGCGGUGACGUUCCUAGCGACCGUUGACAAGCCCAAGAAGAGCCUGGAGGAGAUCACGUCGGACCUCUGCCGCGUGCUGUCCAUUCAGCAGCUGUACCGCAUCUCGACCAUGUACUGGGACGACAAGUACAACGAGGAGACGGUAUCUCCCGACGUGCUGAGCCGCAUGAAGCAGGCCAUGGUGGAUUCCAACAGCUCCGCGGGCCACUCGUUCCUGCUGGACGAUGAAUCCGGCCUGCCCUUCCAGGCGGCCGACCUGCUGGCCAACAUGGACGACAAGGUGAGCUCAGACUGCAACUGCGGCAGGUGGGAGAUUGUAGUGCACAGAGUGUUGCUCUGCUUAUCUCCAUGGCGCUUACAGUUGGGCCAGUAUGAUAAGACUCAGGAAGAGCAGACCGACGGCGGCCCCAACUUCGCCUUCCUGGAAGAGGAGCUGUGCUUUGCAGCGCCCGCACCGCAGUGAGGCACAGCGGACGGUGUCUCGGGGCUGCUCCAGUGAGGCGCAGCAGGCAGUGUGCGUGGAGCAAGGGCUUCUGUGCAACGGCAAUAUGGCAUGCACACGCGGUUCGUGGUUUGCGGUGGCUUUUGAAGUAGAAGAUGUAUUCCAGAUGUCCCUCGUUUCGCCUGCAGUAGGCGAGAGUUUAGAGCUUGCAUGGCGGGCCUAACCAAGCCAUUAGCAAAAGUCACUGGCGGCUGAGACUUGAACUCCUGAAAGGGAUGGAGGCCUUGCGUAUAGCAGGUUUGCGGGCUAGGCCCUUCAGAUUCACCGCGUUUCCUGGGUGGUUCUGUUACAUCGCUUGCAUGGCUUUGUCGCAUGGCCUGUUGCACGGUUCUGUGGCCAGGUUCAUAGCUACAUUUGCUUUAGUGCCUGCUCCAGGGCCGUUUCAGGCACCGCAGCGCGAGGGUUAUAGCAACAGUACCAAUAAGGGGGUAUGGAGGCUGCACGGGGCUUCAAUUCUUCGGGCUUGACGAGUCUCAAAUUAUUAAAGGACACAUUUAUACUUGUUAUGCAGGAAUGGCGAAUGGUGAAGAGCCGAUGGUGUGGUUGAUAGGAAGGAACGAAUGGAUUGCAUGAGACCAUGUACCGCAGGCUGUCUGACUGCUGGGCCAUGAUGGCGAUUGUUGUUGCAGUGUAGCUUGGAAGUGCUAAGCCUCGCUUAACAGCGACCACUUGACACCGGUAGUUCCGUUCGGUCCCAACAGCAGCCAUAUUACCCGUUGUGUAGCUGUUGGGUACACGUUUGGAAGCGCUUGGGUCGAUGAGUGGUUUCCAGAGCGGUGCCAGCGGCAGUUUGAGGCGCCCGCAAGGGUUGAGGUGUGCCGCUAACUUGCAUUGGUAAGUAUGACCUUGCAAGAGGAGCAAUAGGGAGACGGUCAUGUCCCAGGGGUCGCUUACACGGACAACAAUCUUUUCUGCAUGCAACCCUGGGGUGCGUUGUACCCCUGCCGUA